AUGCCGGCUGAGACGACUCCGGCACAGGGCGCCCUCGACUCGGCCGGCGCAGGCAUAACCGGAGGCUACACGGGCGACUCGCUCUCGCUCAAAAUCAUCAUCGCCUUCUUUAUCGGCCUCUCCCUCUACAAUUCCGUUGAACUAAUCGUCCUCUGCUUUGUCACGUUUCAACAUUACCACGGCCUGUACUUUUGGUCGCUGGUCAUCAGCUCCUUUGGCAUCAUACCGUAUGCGCUGGGCUUUCUGCUCAAGUUCUUCCGCGUCUUGGACCCGCACCAAGACGAGGGCUAUGUGGGUGUUGUUCUCCUCACUAUUGGAUGGUACUCCAUGGUUACGGGGCAAUCCGUCGUCCUAUGGUCGCGCCUUCACCUUGUUACGAACUCGCGCCAGGUCCUCCGCUGGACUCUGUACAUGAUCAUCGGCGACGGUGUAAUCCUCCACUCCAUCACGACAGUCCUAACCUUUGGCUCAAACUCCAACACACUAUCGCGCCCGACACUCGAACGCUUUGUACGUGGGUACUCGAUCAUGGAAAAGAUUCAAAUGGUCGGCUUCUUCCUACAGGAAACGAUACUCUCGGUAAUCUACAUCAAAGAGACGAUCCGGCUGCUCAAGCUCUCUGAAGCCGUCCAAGACGACACGCGCAGUUUCGACGACACGACGACAGUUGCAAACGGCCACUUGAAGCAAGCCAGCGUGCGGAAAACCAUGUACCAGCUGAUUGCCGUCAAUGUGCUCAUCAUCAUGAUGGAUCUGGCGCUGUUAUCUGUCGAGUUCGCAAACCUGUACCUCAUUGAGACGACGUUGAAGGGCGUCGUCUACAGUAUCAAGCUCAAGCUCGAAUUUGCAGUGCUAGGCAAGCUGAUCCAGCUUGUGCGCGACCGCGCCGAGUCGGAUCCGAGUUUAAGCGCGAAUGGGUUUCCGGUUUCCAGUCCCGGGGCCACGACGGCGGCGCAUUCCAACAGCAUCAGCGUGCACAACUACCAGCACGCCAACGGCCAUGGGAGCGCGAUGCUGGAGCGGCGGAAUAGGCUGUCGCUGGAAAAAUGGAGUAGCCGAAAAUCGCAGCAGACGGCCAUGCACGACUUUGGCAAGCAAGGGCAUGCCGGCAAUAGUAGCAACGUCAUGGCUGCGGGGGGGCUGCGGGGAGCGAGCAACACGACGAGUCAUGAUGGGACGGCAUGCUGGGAAACUCGGGGCCCGGUGGAGGAGCAGGAGCGGUGGAAGCGGCGGCGGCGGAAUAGCAGCCAGCAGCAGCACCAGGCGCGGCGGGGGAGUUGGAUUGAUUUGGAAAUGGACAAGUAUAAUAUUGGAUAG